AAGAAUAGUGAAUAUUCGGUACGAAAGGAAAAAUACAAAAAUUUGUAAUAUAAUUUUCAUUACUGUAACAUUAUGUCGAAGGUGAAUACAUUAUAUAAUUAUUUCACUUCACCUAAGACUCCUAAACAACCAAAUAAUGAUCGAACAUCAUCAGAAGAAAAACCUGCAACACCUAAGAGGACGAGAGAACAAAGGCAAAAAGCCAAGACUCCCAGCAAAGGGAAAGAAAAUAAAAAUGUCAAAGAUAAGAAAAGUAUUUUCAAAGAUGAUGAUGAUGAUGAUGAUGAAGACCAGGAAGAAUGUGAGCCAAUACAGCCAAAAAAGAGAAGAUUGAUUAUUCCUGAUGAAGAAUCUGGAGAAGAUUCUGGAGAUGAAUUUAAACCUGAGAAUGAAUCGGAAGGUUCUGAUUCAGGAUCUGAAGGAGUUAGUGAAAGUGAACCACCAACUGCAAGCGAAGAAGAAACUCCAGAGAAAAAAAUAAAGUUGACUACUACUCGUAAAAGGCAACAGAUACGUACAAGGAAGAAUUUCAAAGAAGAUAAAAAGGAAGCAAAAUCACAACAAAAUCAAGCCCAAAGUUCAAAUAGUGUUGUGGAAUCUUGGCCUCACUUAAAGUAUGAUUUCCUCCAACCAAAUAAAAUACGAGAUAUUAAUAGAAAACCGUCAAGUGAUCCAAAUUAUGAUCCUAAAACUGUCUAUGUUCCUUCAGAUUUCUUGAAUCAACAAACUCCAGCUAUGAGACAAUGGUGGGAACUAAAAAGUAAACAUUUUGAUUGUGUUCUUUUCUUUAAAGUAGGAAAAUUUUAUGAAUUGUAUCAUAUGGAUGCUGUACUUAGUGUCAGUGAACUCCAUCUUACAUAUAUGAAAGGAGAAUUUGCGCAUACGGGAUUUCCGGAAAUCGGAUACGGUCGUUUCUCUGCAAGUCUUAUAGAAAGAGGAUAUAAAGUAGCCAGAGUGGAGCAAACAGAAAAUCCAGAUAUGAUGGCGCAGCGUUGUAGUAAAAUGACUAGGCCAACAAAGUUUGAUAAGGUAGUUAAGAGAGAAAUUUGUCAGAUAAGCUCUAAAGGCACGAGGGUAUACACUUCACAGGACGUUGAAGCAUCUACGCCGAAUUCUAAUUAUUUGUUAUCAGUCGUUGAAAAAUGCCCCCCUGGUUCAAGCACAUCUCAUUAUGGGGUAUGCUUUUUAGACACUACAAUAGGGGACUUUUACCUCGGUCAGUUUGAAGACGAUCGAUGCAAUUCUAGAAUAUUAACUUUACUCGCGCAUUAUCCACCGGUUCAUGUUGUUUAUGAACGUGGUAGUCUAUCUCAAAAGACAUUACAAAUUUUAAACAACACUUUAGCAGCGUGUAUUAAAGAACCACUUUUGCGUGAAUCUCAGUUUUGGUCAUCUACAACCACAUUAAAAAAUCUUCAUGAAGGAGAAUACUUCAAAAAGUUGGAUUCUGAGUUCCAAUGGCCCGUAGGAUUACAACCAUAUCUUAAUCAAGGUGAUACUUUAGGUUUAACUCCUGCCGAUGAUAAAGAGUUAGCGGUACAUGCUUUAGGUGGAUGCGUAUAUUUACUCAAAGAAUAUUUUCUUGAACAGCAAUUAUUAGCCCAAGCACGUUUCAAAACAUAUGUUCCGCCAGAUUUUUCAACUGAAGCAUCUGCAGCCUCCAGAUUUGCAAAUAAUAUGGUUUUAGAUGCUAUCACUAUUAAUAAUUUAAGAAUUUUUGGGGAAGGUUCUCUUAUGAAAACAUUAGAUCGUUGUUGCACCGCAUUUGGAAAAAGGUUGUUACGUGAAUGGAUUUGCAGACCAUCUUGUCGUAAAAAUGUUAUAAUUGAUCGCCAUGAAGCUAUACAGGAAUUAAUGGAUCAUUCAUGCGAAGUACAAACUGCCCGUAGUAUAUUUGCAGGACUACCUGAUCUUGAAAGAUUAUUAAGCAAAAUCCAUGCUCAAGGAAAUCCGGCAAAGAUGAAUAAUCAUCCCGAUGGUAGAGCAAUUAUGUUUGAGGGUCACACGUAUUCAAAGAGAAAAAUUGUAGAUUUUAUUACCAUUUUGAACGGUUUUGAGGAUGUUUUAAAAAUAGUUGCUUCAUUCAAAGAUUUCAAUACUAUAUUAAUAAAUCAAUGUACCAAAGUAGAACCGGAUGGGGAAUUUCCUUCAUUAAGAGAGUCUUUAGAUUACUUCAAGACCGCGUUUGAUCAUGAAGACGCCAAAAGAGAAGGCUGUAUCGUUCCAAAGAAAGGAGUUGAUACUGAAUACGACGCUGUCUUAAUGGAACUGGCAGAGGUAAAGAAAGAUUCAGAACGGUAUCUUGAAAAACAAAGACAGCACUUCGGUGUGAAAGUUACGUUUCAUGGAUCAGAUAAGAAGCGUUACCAGAUCGAGAUUCCAGAGUCUCAAGUGAAGAAAGUUGGUCCUGGCUAUGAGCUUCAAUCGCAAAGGAAAGGAUACAAACGUUAUUACACGGCCGAAGCGAAGGAACUUUUAAGUCGACAAAUAAAUGCUGAAGAACUCAAAGCUAAAGUGUUGAAGGAUUUAAAUAGAAGAAUAUUUGCACAGUUUAGCGAGAAGUAUGACAUGUGGAAUACGGCAGUUUAUAAAUUGUCGGUCUUAGAUGUUCUUAUUUCUUUGGCGGAAUAUGCUCUCAGUGGCGAUAUGUGUAUACCGGAAAUUAGCGACGAUACAGAUGAAGGGAUAUUUAUUGAUAUUCGAGAUGGACGGCAUCCGUGUAUCAUCUCUGAUACUUUCAUACCAAAUGACACUCUAUUGGCAACUGAAGAUUCUGCCUCUUUCAUGAUUCUCACAGGACCGAAUAUGGGCGGUAAAUCAACAUUAAUGCGCCAAGUAGCUCUUAUCACCAUAAUGGCACAAAUUGGAAGUUAUGUCCCUGCAAGUUCUUGUCGCAUAACAUUAGUAGAUCGCAUUUUCACGAGACUGGGAGCAAAUGACGAUAUUUUGGCUGGCCAAAGUACCUUUUUGGUAGAACUAAGUGAAACUGCUACGAUUUUGCAGCACGCUACGCCUUACUCAUUAGUGUUGCUUGACGAAUUAGGUCGUGGUACUUCAACGUAUGACGGUACGGCAAUAGCUGCUGCAGUUGUAAAUGCGCUCACAAAGUUGAACUGUCGUACGUUAUUCUCGACGCAUUAUCACACUUUGGUAGAAGAUUACAAAAAUAAUAAGAAAAUUACAUUAGCCCAUAUGGCAUGCAUGGUAGAAAACGAGGAACAAGAUGAAGUAUCUCAGGAAACUGUAACAUUCUUAUAUAAACUUAGCGACGGUGCUUGUCCAAAAUCAUUCGGUUUCAAUGCUGCGCGAUUAGCUGGCAUCCCACCUGUAAUUACAAACAGAGCACAUGAAAUUUCAAAGAAACUGGAACAGGAAACAAAUCAAAGACAUCUCUUCACCACCCUAUGUAAAGCAAGUGGGGCAACCAUAAAGGAUCUCAUUGCAACAUUGUGAAAAUCAAAUAGAUGUUAAAUA